GGUAGUUGUCAAGCGGUGAACAGUAUAUACAAUAUGCACACAGGCAUACAGACUCAUCUAUCAUAAGUAAGCAUCCAAAAGAGGAAAUAUGCCUGUGUGCAUAUUUAUAUACUGUUCACCGCUUGACAACUACCUUUGUCUUCAAUUUUAAUUUUAGUGUAAUCCUUUGUCCUCGAGACCACCUAGCCGCCUACUUUAUGUGACCCCAUUGCUGACAUUAUCAUGGUCACCAUGGCCAGGGGUCGCUACUAGCUGUCCUCUAUACUAGACACAUAUAUUUACUUUCCCGAACGCAUUCACCUGCGCUGAAAACACACGAUGACAUGACGUUUUCCAUUUUCCCACACAUGUUCAUAUCAACUCUUGUGACAUAAGAAUCAGAAUUUUCUAGAGUUUUCAACGUUGGUGAAUUCUACAUUUUCGAGGGGAGAUGAUUUCUUCUUGUAAUUAUAUGCCGAUAAUACCUAUGAAUUACUUUAACACAACCAUUCUUUAUUAAGAUCUCCAUACUAGCCGUUUUUUAGCCCUUGAAGAAGAAGAGAACUGCUCUUCGAAACGUCGGCUUAGUUGGAAUUUCUAAUAACAAUAAAUACGUCCAAAUUCCUGUUAAAUUUCUUUCAUUGAUGAUACCAUGGAUGCUACACUAGUCAACAAUAAAUACAAGGGUUUCAUACCUUAUGCUCCUGUUCAUGAUGGAGUGGAUGAGCUCAAAGAGCAUUCCAGUAUCACGGACGAAAACCAGUAUGCAUUGGACACUCCAGGAAGAAACAAGGAUGAAUCAUACGUCAGGGCAAAAACGUCCGGUGUUGCUAGAGGGAAUGGUAUGCCCGAUAGUAACGGUUUGGAAUACAACAGACCAGAAGAGAACACAAUGGCGGAAACGCCAGGUAUUACUGGAGGGAAUGGCAUGCCCGAAAGUAAAGUUAAAGGAGUGGAAAGACAAGAAAAUAAAAAGGCAACAAUGCCAGGGUUCACCGAAGGGAAUGGCAUGCCUGGAAGUAACUUUGAUAUAGUAGAUACACCAGAUAAGGGUUCAAAAAGACCGAAAAGGAACAUCACAAAGCCUGCUAGGUUUAGACAGUAGGGAGUUCUUCGGUACAGUGACCUUGAAAAAGAAAAGUACUUUUGGGGUGAGAUACAAUUAUCUCACUGUGUUUUGUUUACAGCUCACACAAAGCAUGCUCUUUUACAGAUAAUUAAUAUGUUUUUCUGUAGGGUUACUGGAACCAUCUAACUUUCCCUUACAGAGGAGCCUUUAGUCGAAAGGGGGAGGUGUUGGGUCCAUUCAAAUGACCCGCCUAAAUCGACCGGAAGCUACCACAGCGACCGCCAACCGAGUAUCCGGGAAACUGUUCCUACAAGAGGAAACAAGGCAAUCGAGAACGUACCUCCCUAGGUGAAGCACACGCGUGGUUACUACGGCUGUUCACAUUAUGUUACCUCGGGCUACAUCUUACUAAAUGUGUAAAGACAAUAGAAUAAACGUUUAGAUACCA